AUGACACCGACUCCAUUGUCUUCCUUCAACCAACUGUUGCUGUCCGGUCGAGGACUCCGCGCCAGCGACGCUGCCAAACGCCUUUUCUGGAUCCUUGAAAGCCCACCGGAGUCCAUCAUCUUUGUUAUGGACGAUCCUGCUCAACUCAAAGGACCCCGCCAGCCAUACUUUCAACAAACUCUGGCUGGUGCGACCUGCCACCCAGUCUCCCGAGAGCCGAUGACUACGCCUGGCGUAUCUUCGAUCACGGUCAAGGUCAAGAGCCCCUUGGACGAUUGGCUGCUGCGCUGCUGUGGAGAGGAUUUGCCGCCCAAAGCGCCGUCCCUGGUGGUUGAGGCAUCAGACAAGCUGUACGUCACUGUCCAUGACUACUUGAUGGCUGUACACCUUUGGCUCUUGCCCUUACGCCAAAACAUCUUGUCGGCCAUGUCGGUCUUUAACCCGGUGCCAGCUGGAAUCAAGCUGGUGGUGAACUGUACCUCAGUGGACGGUGUCAAUAUUAAGGAGGAAAGGGAAUGGAUCCAAGGGCGCAGGCCAACAGGGCCUGCGGUAGGACCUUCAUUGGAGCCGUUUGCAUCACUUGGGAUGCAACCAGAUAUCACGUUAUUCAUGCCGCAUGAUCCGAAUACCCUGGGCUAUGACCGAUACCGACAAUUCCAUCAGAGAUUGAACGACAUAGAUCAAGGAUGGGAACGUUGGUAA